AUGGAGAAGAUGAAAGUGAUUCAAGAGAGAUUAAGAACGGCACUGAUUCGUCAAAAGUACUAUACAGAUGUUAGGAGAAGGCCGCUAGAGUUUGAGGUGGAUGAUUGGGUGCAUUUGAAUGUUUCACCAGUGAAGGGGUUUUUGAUGUUUGGUAAGAAAGGGAAACUUAGUACCGAAUAUAUUGUUCCUUACAGAGUCUCCAAGAGGGUUGGCAAUGUAGCAUAUGUGUUGGAGCUACCCCAAGUGUUAGAAGUGGUUCAUUCGGCAUUCCAUGUGUCUAUGUCGAUAAAAUUCUUGGGUGAUCCUUCAUUUAUUGCACCAACUGAGAAUGUUGGGAUUAAGGAUAGCCUAUCCAGUGAAUAA